CAUAGCUGUCCAGCACCCAGGAGGUGAUGCACGCCAAGGCCAGCCCGAUGAUAACCAGGACACCGAACAGCUUCAGCAUCCUCCUGUAGCGACGAAGAGAGAUGGACAAGCUGCCGCCGUCUGACCCAGCACAGAAUGCUGGCUAACUACUAGGUUGUCACUACUCGCUAAGGACGCUAAACACACUCAAACUAACCGCUGACACAUGAUAGCGGAUUCUAAACUACGUGACUAAAUGAUCAGUGCUCCAGACCGUUUGUGUGGCUGCCAUCCUCCCCGCAGGAGACGCAUCGAGGCACCGGAUUCAUUCGCCAGCUCCAACUGGCUCCCGUCAACGGAGGAGGAAGUAGCUUCGUUUGUAGCUAGCUAGUCAUUUUAGCUUAGCCGCCUGUCAAGCUAGCCAACGCGGCACAGACCGGCUGGAAAUAGACGCGUCAUUGUCACAUGAUCAGAGACGUAACAUAGUAAGACAUCUCACUCGUGUACCCUUUUUUCCAAUGCGUUACAAUGCAAGUAAAAUUGUAGCAAUGAGCAGUGAUCAUUUAACGGCGACAUUCGGUAUUCAUUUCGGUUUCAGAGCCGUUUCCCAUCGGUCAAAAUAGCUUCACGAAGUUGUUGUUGUUAUGCGUGUGAGUGUAUGCCACUUGUCGAGAAUAAACAAUCUUUCGGUUUAAAAGACCGCCAUUUUGGACGCGUUCCAAACAAAUCGCCUCAUCAGACGCCAAUGCAGGGGUUGGACUACGUUUGUCGUGUCGUUUAUCGCGCAAAGAAUACGAAUAAUAGCGGAUGUUGUGCCAUUGUUAUCAAAUAAACAAAUAAAGGACAACUCGUUCUGAUGACGACAUUCUGACGCCGAGAGCGCGCGCCGAUUGGCCGCGAACGCGCUUUUAAAGAUCCCGCGCGCGUGCUUGGGCUCACUGUUGCGAAGGGUCGAGGACUCGGGUGCGCGCACGCAGGAGAAGCCCUGUCCCCGAGUUACGUCACAUCACGUCACGUCACGGCACUGUGGUCCGCAUCGAGCCGACACAAGGAGAGAUGCUGAGGUGACAGCCAAGAAGGAGAAACAACCCGACGCAUUUCUGCACCCUCCGCUGGCAUCCACCACCAAGCGCUUCCCGCUUGAGGACGAGCCACCAUGGGAUUGAUCUCCACGUCCCCCCGGGCCUCCUCUACGGAUGUAGCGGACGUUCUGUAACCACACCCGGCAGUUCUGUUGGAUCGAGACUCGGCAGCAGAGGGUUCUUCUGCAGGUUCCAGAUGCUCGGCCCAGUCUGAGCACGUCGCUCGAGGGCGGGGGGAAGCAGUGAGGGGAAGGACGGUCCGGGUCUUCAGGCGGUAUGAGCGGAGGAACGGAGCAAGCCGACAUUCUAAGCGUGCUCUCCCUGGUGAAGGAGCGAUGGAAAGUGGUGAAGAAGAUUGGGGGCGGCGGUUUUGGGGAGAUCUACGAGGCGCUGGACCUGCUCACACGGGUCAGCGUGGCGCUGAAGGUGGAGUCGGCCCAGCAGCCGAAACAGGUGCUCAAGAUGGAGGUCGCCGUGCUCAAGAAGCUGCAGGGGAAGGACCACGUGUGUCGCUUUGUGGGAUGCGGACGCAACGACCGCUUCAACUACGUUGUGAUGGAGCUGCAGGGUCGUAAUCUGGCCGACCUGAGGAGGAGCAUGAGCAGGGGAACGUUCAGCAUCAGCACCACGCUGCGCUUGGGCCGCCAGAUCCUGGAAGCCAUAGAGAGCAUCCACUCUGUGGGCUUCCUGCAUCGUGACAUCAAACCAUCAAACUUUGCCAUGGGCCGCUUCCCCAGCACCUGCAGGACAUGCUACAUGCUGGACUUCGGUUUAGCCCGCCAGUUCACCAACUCGUGCCAAGAAGUCCGACCGCCCCGCCCAGUGGCAGGAUUCCGUGGAACAGUCCGUUACGCGUCGGUCAACGCACACAAGAACAAGGAGAUGGGUCGCCAUGACGACCUGUGGUCCCUCUUUUACAUGCUGGUGGAGUUUCUUGUUGGCCAGUUGCCAUGGAGGAAGAUCAAGGACAAAGAGCAUGUGGGCAAAUUAAAGGAUACGUACGACCAUCAUUUGAUGCUCAAGCACCUGCCGGCAGAGUUUGGCGUCUUCUUGGAGCACAUUUCCAGCCUGGACUACUUUACCAAGCCCGACUACCAGCUGCUGAUGUCAGUCUUUGACAACAGCAUGAAGACCUACAACGUGGUGGAAAACGACCCCUACGACUGGGAGAGGACGGGCACAGACGGCACCCUGGUGAUCAGCGCCAGUGCCACCACGCCGCAGCAUCACACCCGCCUCACGCCAGCACACAUGGGCAUGGCGAACGCCUCCUUGAUUCCCGGCGACUUGCUGAGGGAGAACACGGAAGAGGUUCUGCAGGACGAGCAGCUCAGUGACGUGGAGAACAACGCCGCCCCCGAGCGUCUGCCCGGUUCUCCCAGCCACCUGCCCCGUGCCCAGGAGGCCGACGUGUGGGAGGAGCUCGACCGCAACCGCAACCGAAUUCGAACAGGGUUGUGGAAGGCCGCAAAUGAGGAGGAGCACAGCAACAACCACCAGGUCAACCAAGGACAUCAGAGCCCAUACGGGGGGCCGAGCCUGGGCUCGCCGGUCAAAAUGCCCCUGGAGGUGGUGGCGUCAGACCGUGAGGGCCCCCUGCUGAGGAAACUUCGCAAUAUCCACAGCUUUGAGCUGGAGAGGAGGCUUGGCCUGGAGUCUAAACCGAAUCCGGAACGCUUCCUGGAGGCUUGUUCCACAAAGCAGGCGCCUGGCAACCGUCAGCAGCCUCCGGAGGAGGGGGAGGCAGCCCACGGGGCAGCGAUCAUCCCAUUAUCCCACAGCGAAGCGCCCCCUGCUGGAGAGUGUCGCGAGAGGGUGUGGCACUACGAUGAAGAAUUCCUAUCCGGCGGUGGGUCUCCCAAACCGGCAUCCCCCGUCUCCCUGGAACAUGGCGACGGGGCGGCGAGCAGUGGGGGCUUCGUGGCGCUCAACCUAAGCUCCGGCAGGCAAGACGUCGACUCGAGGGAGUGGGUGCUGGUCGAGAGGCCCGGCGGCUCACCCGGAGCCAAGGCUAGCUCCAGCCCCUCAGAGGAGGAGGAGGAGGAGCCGGAGAUUCUCCAGCCCGGAGAGCCAUCACCCGGAUGGGAGAGGGGCAUCCCGAGUCCAAGCUCGGGAAAAGCAAAGCAGGGCAGCACAGCUUCCUCCAAGGGAAGUACAAAAGUGGACAAGUUGGAGCUGAGCGUGGGCCCUGCUGAGGCUCUGCCCCCCGUUACUCCCACCAGCCCCGGGGAAGCUCUGGCUGAAGGAGUCCUCACUCAGCUCCCCACCUCUCCUCCGUCCCUGCCAGAGGAAGUCGCCGCCCGGACAUCCGGCCCCAUCCCUCUGCGCUCACCCAGCCCUCACACUCUCCUGAGCACCUUGUCGGACCCUCUGCACCAGCGCCACCCGCUGGCCAUGAGGCGUAGCCAGUCUGCCGACCACCAGCAGCGGCGGCGGCGGCAGCAGCAGCAGCAGCGGCAGGACGGCCCGUCCUCGUCCUCCUCCUCCUGCCACGCCUCCUUACCGCUCCCACCGAGCCCCUCCCCCGGCACACUCUCGCCCGGUCGCAGGAAAUUGCCCGCCAUCCCAGUCGGCGCCGCCAAUGCCAAGCUCCCCUCUGUUAUACGUAUAACCCGGGCCCAGUUGGAGCAGUUGACCGCCCAGCGUCCCUCCGGGCUGUCCUCCCCGUCGGUGUCCGACACGGGCGCUCCACAGGGCCUCCUGCUGGAGAGGCGUGACGACAACGUUGAAGCUCCGCCCAUGCAGGAGUGUACGGCAGACAUCAGCUCCCCAUUGGACCACCCAGGGACGCCCACAGACCCGCCGGCUGAGACUCUUGUUAACGGAGACGGCAGACCCAAAACCCCAAGUCCCACGCCAAGCCGCGUAAGCUCCCCCCGCUCGCCGCGUUCCCCUCGCAGCCCCUCUUUGCCUAAAAGCCCAAAGUUCAAAGACUUUGAGAACAAAUCUGCUGCCCCUCCCUGCGCCGAAGAGGAGUGUGUAAAGGACACUCUCGCUCCAAAACAGAACAGUGCCCAAGCCGCCCCCUCCUCUCCCGCCACCCUACGUAAGGACCCCAGCCGCCGACAAAGUCGCAUCCCCGUGCUGGAGCCCUCCAUCCUCCUGGACCUGCCUCCUCCAGGCUCCGCCAAAGAGAAGCUUUUGCAGAAGAAAGCCAGCAACCAGGCUCCUCUCCCCUCGCCCGCCGCCUCGCCAUCCCUCUCGGACAGGCGGGCCGCUGUGGCCUCCCUUGCCAGAGACCCGUUGUCCUCCACUUCGGACCGCUCUCAGGAAGAGGACUCGCUCAUGGGCUCCCGCUCGGACCGCCAGGGGGAUGCCUCCCUGUCUUCCUCCUCCAGCCCCAUGUCCCGCCGGAGCAGGAUCCCUCGUCCCGUCCAUACAGCCUCCUCUACUGAACAGCUGGCCGCCCACUUCUUGCCCCGUCCGCCCCCUGGGAAACCACCAUGCCGCAACACGAUGGAGGGCAGAAUUCGCCGCUACCGCAUUCGAGCAGGCAGCACCAGCGACUCCGACCUCCUGACCUGCCUGGCUCAGCUGGUCCACGGCGCCCGUGGCUCCCCGGUCCACCACCGCUCCACAGGCCCACACGGCUGCUCCAGGGCCGGCGUGAGCAGCCUGACCGGCUCGCCCCACCACGUCCGCAGCUCCAGCGCCUCACCGCGCAGCUCCUCUUCCCUGCAGCGCUCCGUCAGCUCCUCUCCGUCGCGCCAUGAGUACCGUGCCGGCGGCAGCUAUCUGGGCCGCAGCCGCUCCCCGCCCAGCUUCUCCGGCUCGCCUCCCCUGCGCCGCUUCUACACACAUCACCAGGAGACGUGCUGCAGCCGGCAGGCCCGCACGUCCCCCUUCCACAUGUCCAGGGGUAAGGUGUGCAGUCGGGAGGGCAAGUGCUCCAGCAAACUGGCCAGAUAGUUAGAUACUCCAAGAUGACAUUUUUGCUGUCCUCCUUCUGUCAUCAAUCCCCCUUUUCUAGUAUCAUUGUGUGUUAUCUUGUCAGAUGACAAACUAGUGCAGCUGCAGACUUUUCCUCUGGACUCUGACGUACGGCGUAAGUCGCCUCCCUGUUUAUUUAUCUGGCAUUCACAAUGCAGUAUAUAGUCACGCAUUUAUCACUAGUAUUAACGCACUCGCUUUCUACUUUUGACAAUAUCAGUAUAGUUUGACCGAGAGCGCACAGAGCCAAGACAGACGCGUGUACAGUUGUAUUUAUUCAAAUAUUUAUUUGACGCUUUGCAUCGAUUCUUACCUACGUUUCCUCGUGUGUUUAACGGAAGGGAUUGUGAACACCCCUCCCAAUACAAUCAAGUCAUGCAGAUCAGUCAAACACCUUCCUGUGCCUACCGUUGUCCGGAGGACGUCCGCUUUUUGCUCGGAAAUCAGACAAUAUGUGCGUCAAUUAAAGCCUUGGCGAUAAUUUUCCAAACAUCUCCGGCAACACCGUAAAUCCUCUAAUUUAUUUAGCUAAGUCGCAAAGUUAACUGGAAGCAAUCGAUUAAAGGAGGAAGGCUGUCUUUAAGUUACUUUUUAACUUAUAAUAAUAGUAAUAAUAAUAAUAAUAAUCCAAAAUGUUCAAAAUUCACUGCAUAUAACAGGUUCAUUUUUUAACUUUGAUAAUGAUUUAGCGUGCACGAGAAAGUGGGAAAGGAAAACGUAGCUCUCUUUGACCACAUGGCCAUUUAUGAAGUAUGUCGCACGACACGGCAGCAACAGAACCAAUGUUGCAAGAGCACUAAGGAGCAAGUCAACAUCAAUAGCGCUGAGGGGUUGAUUGUAAACAACAGUACGGCAAGAGUAACACACACGAUUCUCACGCCAACAGCCGUUGAGCAACAUUUGAAAGCGCAUGCAGAGCUAGAUAAAGCUGCCGGAUGAUGACCACACAUGAUACUUCAAAUGCAGCUACUGCCGUCUUGUGGCUAUAUUAUGUUUUGUAGACCACGCCCAGCGACUGCGGUUAAUUAAGUAGAGGCGUUGAUUAGAGCAUUUACGGUAUUUCCCCAACUUUGGGUAGCUUUUCACUGUGUGAGAAGCCGAAAAACAAGUAUCUGGUGUACUGAUACGCAGAUACGGUUAUAAUUUGAUUUUCCUUAUUUAUUCCUUCCGAAAGACCUGACCAACACUAAAAUGUACAUAAAUUUUCCGAUCACAGUUAAUGCAAAUCCAAUGAAUCCAUCCCAGAUACCCAAAAACAUGAACAAAAAUCAAUUUUAUAGAGAAUAAUUCUACUUUUACACUCAGAAAACAAUGUGAAAUAAUGAUAAAUAACGAAUGGAUGGAACGUAUUGUUGAUGCGGACUUCCCGUAUAUCCUGUUUCUCACCUUCCUCCUCAAAUUGUUGGCACUCGCAACUUUCUUGGCCCCAUGGCAGGUUGUUUAGCAGUCGCACUCAGUAAAAAACGCACAGACAGUAAGUCUGCUUUGUUUGUCAGUGCUUUGUUUGGGCAAACGGACUUGUUUGUUAUGUGCAGUAAAAAAAAUGGAGUUUGACUAAUUCUUUUCUAAGUACCGUAUUUUCCGGCGUAUAAGUUGCAGUUUUUUUCAUAGUUUGGCUAUUCCGUAAACGUAGUCAGGUGUGAUUUAUUUAUCAAAAAAAAUAUAUCCAGUCAUCCCUCGCAAUAUUGCGGUUUGAUUAUCACUCCCUCACUAUAUCACGUUUUUUUCAGAAAAUGUAUUAGUUAAUGAAUGGUCACUGGUGGAGGGCUACAGUCUACAGUAUUACUAGUGAAAACAUUGAAAUACAAGUGAUAUGUAGUAUUCUGGUCACUAGGCUGCAGUAAUGACACAAAAGGUUGCGACAUUAGCUUACAUUACAUUAUCUUAACACUGCGUUAAGUCGUGAGGUCAGCCGUGGCAUGUUGGACAUGAUAAAAUGAAAAAAGGUUCUCCUCCCAUUCCGUGUGGAAUAGCUAGCGGCUGUCCCUGCAGCGUAAGAGUUUUGCAAUGUGUUGUAAACAAUCAGUAAUAGGAGUGUAAAGGUGCCUAGAGGCAUAAUUUCAAGACUACAGGGCUCUAAUAAUGAUAAAAGCCGUAUUUAGAAAGUUAUAAACACAUGUGCUAUGCGCUAACUACGAAAGUAUUCAAUUUAUUACCACUUAAUCCUGUAUUCAUCUUUACCGCGAUCGGGUCUGGAACCAGUUAACCGCUACAAACGCGGGAAGGGACGACUGUAUAAGAGCCUAAUGUGUUGUUUUGAAAUUAAAGUGGGGUGGUGGUUGGUUGUUUGGCGACACCUAGUGGCUGCAAUAAUUAAUUGUCGUGCUCCCUCGAGAACUUUCUGACAUCUAUUAAACGUGUAAGGAUUUUCUUGUGUCCAUCUAGUAAAAAUAUUUUACUUAUUUCAACUUCUUUAGCUUCCAUUUGUCCCCUUGUUGGUGUAAACUUUUCAUCCUCCCUUCCUGCUUCCUCUUCUUUUCUUGUGAAUUUAAAUGUUGGUAGGAGCAGCGCCAUGACACUCCGGGGAACAAAAGACAGCUGCAUCGUAAAUACUGCCGAACGUGACUUAUAAGUGUCAUUUUCCUGUUCAUGAAGCAUUUUCGACUGAUAGGAUUUAUAAUCCGGAAAAUGUGGUACUGGGGUAAAAAUAACACGCAGUAUGUUUGUUUGGGCACGAGAGCAACCGGCUUUUAACUGCAGCACUCCUCACUUAAAACCUGCACUUGUUGUACUGUAAAAUAAGUCCAGCUUCUCGCAUGCUUCAACCCGAGCAUUGACCAAACACAGCAGGCUAUUCGGCAAACUUGUUUCAAAGGCUGACAACUGAAACUUAACUAUGACGAGUUUCUGUGACAACGCCCCUCUUUCCGCCUGUUGUCAGCGGAGUUGGGUAGGAUUUCUAAGAGAAAAUGCACGUGGAUUCGUAAGAAAAAUAUUUUCACCUGCUGGACAGAAAUGCUAGCAAUAUAUUGUCUUUUCGUGGCGUAAUAAAGCAGGAAACUGUCCGUUUUGAUCCAUUUCCUAAGCUAACAUUGUUGCGUAUACUGAAUGUUUAUUUUUGUCAUUUAUAGCCUUCUGUUUUUGAACAUGUCAAGGAAUAUGCUGGACCAGUGAGCGGCUGGCAGCCAUGGUACCUGCUUUCCACGCUUGGCACCACGUGGUACCUCCGUUUGCUGCGCUGACUGGGGAGAACUUUUUUUCCCCUCCUGUGCAUAACCUAAUGUAAAUAAAUGCAAAUUUAAUAUUUUUUUUAAUUUAAUUGUUCAAUUGUGAAAUAUAAUAUUUAUUUGUAAUAUUUAAUUUAUAUUUAUUCUAUAGUUCUCGUGCAGGGGUGUCCAGAGUGCAGCCUGUGGCAUAUUCUAAAAGUAUAAGAAAACUUUUUUUUUUAAUUGCAAAAAACAGCAAAAAAAAAACCUUUACAAGAAUAAAGUCAAAAUAUUAAAAGUUGUAAGCAUGUAAUUUUACAAGAACAACAAUAUUAUGAGGGAAAAUAUCGUUUUUGGUGUCAUAAAGUUGAAAUAUUUAAGAAUAAAGGCUUUCUUUUUCAUAAUACGAGAAAUGAUCUAAACAAAGUUGUCAUUUUUAGAAAAUGAGUUUGUGGAUAAAGUGAUAAUGUGAGAAUCAAGUCAAAAUAUGGCGAUAAAGUCAAAUCAUUCAGAGAAGAAAAUUUACAAGAAGAAAGUGGAAACAAUAGGGGGAAGAACUGCAGAAAUUGGGGGGGGGGGUAGCUGUAAUUUUAUGAGAACGAAGUCAAAAUAUUUCGAGCAAAAAGUCGUAGUGUAACGACAGAAAAAGUUGCAAUUUAUGAGACUAAAGUUAUGAAAUAAAUAAAAUAAGUUAAAUAUUAUGAAGAAAAAUAGUCAUAGAGUUGAAAUAUUAAAGGAAAAAGUUAUUUUUUGAAAAUGUGUAAUAUUAGAAACCACCAAAAACAAAAUAAAGUUGUCAUUUCUGGAAAAUUGGGUUGGGGGGAAAGUUGUGUUGUUAUCUGGGAAUUAUGUCCAAAUAUUGUGAGAAUAAAGUCAUAAUCUUAUUAGAAGAAAGUUUAUGAGGAUUAUUUAAGGAAAAAAACUGCAGCAAAAAUGGGGCCAAAAAAACAGUGAAACUGAUAUUGAUCAUACUGCAUACUGUAGGCUUUUCUGCCCACAUGACAAAGCUGAGAUGCAGAUUUUCUUGAAGUAUGUAACUUGCUAGCAUAUGUGCAUGUGUUGCGUUACAAAAUAUCAAAGUGGCAAAGUUACAUCCUUCCAUUUUGCGCCGUGUGGCCCUCGCUGGAAAAACCUUUGGACAGCCCUGCUUUAAAGCAGCCUUUGUAUGCUGUAUUUUAUGCAGAGUUUUUAUACGGAAAGAAAAGCCUGCAUCUCAGCUUUGUCUUUUGUGUGACAAAGAUUAUUAUUAGGAUCGACUUUUUCUCCUGAUACUACACUGGUUAGCUUUUUUUUUUGUUUUACUUUUUACAAAUAGUUCAGCUUUCUUCUUGUACAUUUUUUUUCUGGUAAUCUGCCAUCAUUGUCAUAUUUUGUCUUCAUUAUCGUAAUAUUCUAACUUUUAACCCAGGGGUUCUCAAAUGGUCAACAUGGGACCCUCAUGAUCAAAGGGUCAUUAAGUCAUGACCCACUUUUAUUUACGCCAUUUGCAAUUUUUAUUUGUAGUACUUUUUGACACUUAUAAGAUAUUUUUAUUUGAUAUUUAUUUUUCUCACUUUUAUUUCAGUCAUUUUUAUAUUUUAUUGAUUUACUUUAUAUUUUAAGUCAAACAAAUCAAACGUUUUUUUUUUUAAAUCCCCUCAUCUGUGGAAACAUUACACAUAGAAGAGCAUUUUUUUUAAAUCAUCGUUGCAUUUUAUCAAUGAAAUGAGGCAACAUGAUACAGGGCAUCCAGAAAGAGAAAGUAUUCACAGCGCUUCACUUUUUCCACUUUUUUUAAUGUCACUACCUUAUUCCAAAAUGGAUUCAAUUCUUUUUUUUCCUCAAAAAUUGUACACACAACACUCCAUGAUGACAAUGUGAACAUUGUUGCAAAUUUAUUUAAAAAAAAAAACAACCAAAAACCUGAAAAUUCAUAAAGUAUUCACAGCCUUUGCCAUGAAGCGCAAAACUAGCUCAAGUGCUUUCUGUUUCCACUGAUCCUCCUUGAGAUGUUUCAGCAGCUUACUUGGAGUCUACCUGUGGUAAAGUCAGUUGAUUGGACAUGAUUUGGAAGGGCACACACCUGUCCCUUUAAGGUCCCAGCCAAACCAUAACCAAGCAUGAAGACAAACAGAACUGUCUGUAGACCUCCGAGACAGGACUGUCUCGAGGCACAAGGCUGGGGAAGGUUCCAAUGAGCACCGUGGCCUCCAUCAUCCGUUAGUAGAAGAGGUUUGGACCCACCGGGACUCUCCCCGUAGCUGGCCGGCCAGCUAAGGUGAGUGAUCGGGGAGAAGGGCCGUAGUCGGGAUGUGACCAAUAACCUGAUGGUCACUCUGUCGGAGCUCCAGCGUUCCUCUGUGGGGAGAGGAGAACCUUCCAGUAGGACAACCGUCACUGCAGCAAUUGGCCAAUCGGGCCUGUGCGGCAGAGUGGCGAGACGGAAGCCAUUCCUUAGUCAAAGGCACACGGCAGCCCGCCUGGAGUUUGCCAAAGCACACCUGAAGGGCUCUCAGACCGUGAGAAACCAAAUUGUCUCUGGAGUGAAUGCCAGGCCGGUGCCGUCCCUACAGUGAAGCGUGGUGCUGUGGGGAUGUUUUUCAGCGGCAGGAACUGGAAGACUAGUCAGGACGGGGAAGGAGGACUGCAGCAAUGUACAGAGACAGCCUGGAUGAAAACCUGCUCCAGAGCGCUCUUGACCUCAGACCGGGGCGACGGCUCACCUUUCAGCAGGACGAUGACCCUGAGCACACAGCCGAGAUAUCAAAGGAGAGGCUUCAGAACGACUCUGGGAAUGUCCUCGAGUGGCCCGGCCAGAGCCCAGACCUGAAUCCGAUUGAACAUCUGCGGAGAGAUCUGAAAAUGGCUGUGCAUCGACGCCUCCCAUCCAACCUGAUGGAGCUUGAGAGGUACUGCAAAGAGGAACGUCCGAAACUGGCCAAAGAUAGGUGUGCCAAGCUUGUGGCGUCGUAUUCUAACGGACUGGAGGCUGUCGUUGCUGCCAAAGGUGCAUCAGCAAAGUAUUGACCAAAGGCUGUGAAUACUUAUGGGCAUGUCAUUUUUCAGUUUUUUUAUUUUCAAUACAUUUGCAACAAUUUCAAGAAACUUUUUUCACAUUGUCGUUAUGGGGUGUUGAGUGUUGAAUUUUUGAGUGAAAAAAUGAAUUUUAAGCAUUUUGGAAUAAGGCUGUGACCCCCAAAAAAUGUGGAAAAAGUGAAGCGCUGAGAAUACUUUGUGGAUGCACCCUAACUGCACUCAUACAAAUAAUGCACCAAUUCAAAUCAACCAACCUCCUUUUCCAAAAAUAGCAACUCUGGGGAUUUGUGUUUCUCAUAUUAAGACUUUUUUUCACUUUAUUUUUCAACUUUAUGCUCUUUUUUCCUCUUAAUAUGUAUAUUCUGUCUUUAUUUUUGUAAAAUUACUGCACUUUUCCCCCAAUUUUAUGAAUGUGUUUUAAGUUUUUUUGUUUAAUCUUAUUUUUAAGAAUGUGCCGAGGGCCAAAUAAAGGCAGACAAUGGCCCCCGAGCCGCAGUUUGGACACCCUUGGCAUGCAGCAUUGCAGCAUCUCGUCUUCCUGCUGGAAAAUGUUGCAAGACUUGAGACAGCACCCUCUGCUGGAUUCAAGGCACUCAGUGCCAUCAAAACCACUUUCUAGUUAAAAAAAACUACAUAACGUUUUUUCUUGUGAGAGCUACUUUUAGAAAAUGAAAAUGGCCACGAGCUACUCAUUUUUGUAGAAAUGAUUUUCAUACCUUAUUUCAACCCAAACAGAUCAAAUAUGCUUGUUUUACCAGAACGUGAACAAAAUGCUGGUGUCCACAACUCACAUUUUAUGUUUCACAAUACUUUUCUUUCUAGUGUUCUCACAUUAUUAACUGAAAACCUGAAUGAAAAGCAGGCUUGCGGGCACCUCAUGUGGUCGUGGGGGCUACCUGGUGCCCGCGGGCACCACGUUGGUGGCGCCUGCUGUAGUGUGUACAAUUUAAGCCAGUCUACCAUAGUUUCAACAUACAGUCGUCCCUCGCUACAUCACGGAUUCACUCUUUUGUUGAAUACGGCCGAUUGUUGGUAAAAACGGCAAAUUGAAGCAAAUUAUACUUAUUCUUGGCCUAAAUGGAGCAUUUUCAAGCAUAAAGAUAUAAAUGAACUCAAAUACAAAUACAAGGCAGAAGCAGCAUUUCCUAAUUGUGAACAUAGUGCACUAUUCUACAUUGGCCACUAGGUGUCAGUAAUUGUUUGGUGAUACAGGCACGAGGCUCAUCACUAAGGUUCCCUAGGGAGCACAUUUACUGUGACACACACGAGCAGGAGUUUUAUUUAGAUGUUAAAUGGCUAAUUUAAGUGUAAAGCCAUUUAAAGCUGCCAUUACAAUACAUUGAUGAGACACCACAGGAAGUACGCGGUCCAGAAAAAUAAAUAAGGAACCGUUAACAUGCGAGUCUGUUAUCUUAUUUAUGUCUAAUAGAUCUUAUUUUCUGUGGUUAUAUAGACUGUAUUGGGUAAUACGAAUGUAAAGGUGACUAUAGGGGUGUUAUUUCAUGUCUUGAGGGCUCUAAUAAUGUUAAAAAGCGUACUUAGAAGAUCGUAAACAGUUUUUCUAUGCCACAACUAUGAAAAUAUUCCAUUUAUUCAUAUUGAAUCCUACUUGGAGGUAAUUCACUUUCACUUGUCGGGUCUGGAACCAAAUGACCGCCGUAAACGAGGGAAGUCUAAUGAUUUCAUAUUAUAUUUCACAGUUGAAUUCAUGGGGACUUUCAUAAAUAAUAGGAUAUUUUCAUGGAUUUGGCUUCACGUUUAUUGAAUUUAGGCACCACAAACCCCCACCCAUGCACAUAAGAGUGAGCCGAACUUGAAACUUGGAAAUGAAAACUGAACGUUUUACUGUAAAAUGAUCCAUUUUUAGUCGUGGCAGUACACAGUUGUCGUGUCUAGAUGUAGCCUUUUAUUUUGUCACAACAGGUUAUGCCAGCUCUUUUAUUUGGAAAGGAUGGCACGCUCGUGGCGUUGAGUCUCUUCAUACUUGACGUAUUUCAAUGAUGCUGAUGCAUUAUUUCAGCUGCUAUUUACUUCUUUUUUGUGUGUUUCCAUCCGGAACCAGAAAGAAUCUAACAAAUGAGAGUUCCUUUUUGUUUUUUUUUUUUGUUUUUUUUGCAUUGAUUGUAUAUAAUUGUAAUGAUUUAUGUUGUUGAUAUCAUUUGUAUCAUAUCAAUGCCUUGUACAGUGCUUUUUUUCUUUUUUUGCUUGUCAUUUUUUGCUUUUGUUUUGAAAUUAUUUUGUAUUUUAUUUUUAUAAACUGGUUAUAAAUAAAAAAAAUACUCAUUCGGCAUGCAUACA